AUGUUGAAGUCUAUUCCCGGAACUCUGCGUUAUUGUUACGACAAGGAUAAUCUUCUCAAUAGACGAAAUAGACCCCUGGCCAAAUCGGAUGUGAAGGCAGUUUUCCGAAAAAUCUUGCAACCAACACGUUUCAAAUUGUCCGAAUUGACUGAUGAACCUGUGAUUGGUGAAUUGCUUGAUCGAAUCAUCACAUUAUCAUCAAAAUGGAGGCGUUAUAUUGAUCGCAAGGCUACAUUUUAUAAUGGUCAAGGGUCUGUUGACCAUAUUAGUGUUCAUGCAUUUCUUCUCUGUCAUAUUAGACGAUGUCUACCUUCAAAUUGCUUUCUCGAAAAGAGCAAUGCUAAUGCCUUCAAAUUAUAUAUCCUUUUUUAUUCAAAUUUCGUUCCAACACAUUUGAGGUACUUUAUUAGUAUGCCAAUCGAUGGACGCAUAUCGAUUAGUUCCUUGUGUCGCCGUUUUAAAGCGCCUCAAGGGCUGCAGAGUUCAGGAUGUCUGCGUGUUUAUUACUACCUACUCGUGGUACUUCUAUUUACCCAUCUGGUCCCAGCUCUCCUGCAAUCUGUAUUUCGAUGCGUUUACUGUCACAAGCGAAGGGGAGCAAUAAGGUAUUAUAGUUUUGAAAAAUGGAAAGCCAUUCAAACGGUGCAGAAAGAUGACUUCAUUUCUCAGGGUAUUUUGAAGGAAUGUCCAGCGAAGUUAAUUAAAGAACAUAGCCUACCAGUCUGUCGAAGUUGUCUUGUUCUAAAGCCUAGUGGCAAGUUGAGGUUGAUAUCAAUUCCCACAACCUUUAACACUCGCUUCAAACAGGCCGGUGGUUUAGUGGAAUUUAUUCGCAUUUUGCAUGAUCAGGUUCCCUUCACCUUUCGACCCUCAUUGCCGAAUGUCAGCUUAUCAUUUAAAGCUCUCAACAAUUUUCGAUGUCUUUUCCCAACCAACCAAACAAUCUACGCCGUCAUCAUUGUCUUACGAGAUAUGAUACGAUUGUCAUUUUUUCAUUUUAGGCAGAGCACUUCUCAAGGGCAUCGUUCUCAAGGCAACAUCUCAUCUCCGAGCUCUCCUAUUUCCUUAAUAACUACUUCAUCCGGGUAUGAGAACUGUUUGUAUUUUAAGGAAAUUCAGUGUCCCUCUCCCCAUCUUGGUGGACGUUGCUACCAACAAACCAAGGGCAUUCCACAAGGUUCGUGUAUUUCUACCGAUUUGUCGAACCUCUUCCUCGCCUUUAUCGAUCGCAGAAGUUCACUCGCAGGCUACUUUUGGGAUGCAGAAAAGCGAACGUCAUCAAACACGAACGCUCCCGAGGCUGCAAUCUUGCGGUUUCAUGACGACUAUCUACUUGUAGCGACAUCGAAAGAGAGAUUGUUAGAUAUCAGGAGCGGUUUAAUUGAUAACCUAAAUAGUUUUGGCCUCAAAUCAAAUACUUCAAAGGAGAAUAUCGUUACUGAUGGCGUGGGUCUCGAAUAUGUCGAAUGGUUAGGACUGGAAAUUACCCCUCGGCUAAAUCUUCUUUUCCCUAAAGUAACUACGGAUAAACUAGUAUUUGAGCGCUUUGGUGGCUAUCCGUUGUCAUGGAAGAAGUGUCUUUUCCGGAUUAAAUCCUUUCUUCAAACCUCAUUGCUUAUCAAAUUAGUGAUCAAGCAAGCCGAUUUCAAGUCAAAUUCUUCAUUGGCAGAAGAGAAUGCUCGACGUAUCGGUUCACAAUUCGGAUAUAUUUUGUUAACCUACAUAUGGUCCUGCCCUGAACGUCAAAAGUUUUUGACCUCGUUUAAACACUGUAGAUAUUUAGCAAAAAUAGUCCUGUGUCGACUGGCAAUGAUAUUCAAAGACACACCACUUCUAUCCCUGGCGCGAGAGAAUUUGAUUCAAGUACUGCGAAGAAGACGUAACAAUUUCAAGACUCUCCUUCGUUGUGUCUAUAGGCCAUGGAUUGUGCUUUCUAUCAUUAGAGAGAAUACUUCAUGUAAGAAGAUUUUGAGUCAAUACUCUAACUCCAUUAGGACUCGUAACCACGUCCCUUCUGGAGACGAAUGA